UUGUUCCUUCUCCUGUGAAUUAGACAUUAAUUCAUGUUUACAUCUAAAGGAUGAAAUCCAGUCUAGUAUAUAAUACUUUAAUGAUCUAAGGCGGGAAUUGCUGGGAAUACCCGUAAAAUAGCAACAAACGUAGAAGACGUCCCUUUAUCAAAGAUUACAAAAGAUUAUUUUACCGUUUGGAAUUUGAAAUAGUUUAAAUGGAAGAUAUUAAGAAAUGGGAAGAGAUAUUAGAGGAAAUAUUGCAAUGCUGCGUGUGUUUGGAAAUACCUAACACAACAAUUUCAAUGUGUACAAUUGGACAUCAUAUUUGUGUCUUUUGUAGGAGAAAACUACAAGAAUGUCCGCUUUGCAAAGGAGCGUUUAUACCAGCUAGAAAUUUGCUUGCAGAAGAUUUAAUUUCCCAUAUGAAAGAUAUCAAGAUUUCUAUCGGUAAAGAAAUUAUAGAAAAAUUACAAGAGCAAUCAAAAUGUGAGCAACAAUUUGCAGAUGCGUAUACUCAGACAUAUCAAUCUACAGUUGAUAAAAAGUGUUUCAGUGUUCAAACAGACACCAUAAGAGAUAAUGAACAGAAAAAUCAAACUACUAAUAAAGUAGUAGUAUUUUAUCCAUGCCUAAUAGGUUCAUGUUUACUGAAACUGUCUUAUAGAAAGUUGUUGCAGCACUUGAACGAUCGUCAUAAAGAUAUGUUUUAUGAGCUUCAGGUGAAUCAGAAAAGUCAAGUAUUUAGUGAAAAUUUCAUGAUAGAUAUUGAUAAAUUACCAAAAGAUUAUGAUUAUGCAUUUCACAUACAUAAUAUGGGUUUAUUUUUUAUUAAAAUUACAAUUCAUGAAAAUGGACGACUGAUAGCUAAUCUACAAAUUGUAGACAGGAUUAAUGCAACCAUAUUCUAUCAGUAUCGACUUAUAGUGACAAAUGGGGCAUUCUUUUUACGUCGUAACGGAAUGGUAACAUCGUGCCUAGUAGAGAAGGAAGUUGCCGAUCACAAUGGUGUUAUGAUGCACGAAAGGGAAAUGUCCACAUUGAUAAAAAACAAAUCAUUUGAGUGUACUUUAAUAAUAAAAAAAUGUGUAUCCGCCAAGAAUAAUAGAUAGGAGAUCGAUUAAUAA